AUGCCUUCUUUCAGUCGCGUAGCCGCGCUGCUCCCCGCGCUCUUCUCAUCCAUCGCCUAUGCCGUCCAGCCAGUUGAGAUCCGUGGCCAGGACUUCAUCAACACCGGCACGAACAAGCGGGUGAUGAUCAUUGGUGUCGACUACCAGCCCGGAGGUCAGGGAGCAUACAAUCCCACAAACAGCGAAGAUCCUCUCACAGAUGGCGACAAAUGUCUGCGAGAUGCAACCCUCAUGCAGAAGCUGGGUGUGAACACAAUUCGUGUCUACAAUCUCGACCCUACGCUUGACCACUCCAAGUGUGCCUCCAUCUUCAACGCGGCCGGCAUCUACAUGAUCCUUGAUGUCAACUCGCCCUUACCCGGAGAGAGCAUCAACCGCGCGGAACCAUGGACAUCCUACAACAGCGACUACCUUACUCGCGCGUUUGGUAUCAUUGAGAACUUCAAGGGAUUCCCCAACACCAUGGCUUUCUUCUCUGCAAACGAGGUCAUGAAUGAUCUGAGCACUGCUGAGUUCAACCCCCAGUAUAUCCGGGCUGUCCAGCGCGACAUGAAGAACUACAUCAAGAACCAUUCCGACCGCACCAUCCCUGUUGGCUAUUCUGCUGCAGAUGUCCGCGAGAUCUUGCAUGAUACCUGGGCUUACAUGCAGUGUAUCCACGACCAGGACGAGUCAUCCUCCGACUUCUUUGGUCUCAACUCCUACAGCUGGUGCAAUGGCGACAACUAUCAGACUUCCACAUAUGAUGGCUUGGCCACCAUGUUCGCCGACUCUGCUGUCCCUGUCUUUUUCAGCGAAUACGGCUGCAACCGUAUCAUGCCUCGCGACUUCGACGAAGUUCAGGCCCUUUACGGCGACCAGAUGAGAGCGCUCUCUGGUGGUCUUGUCUAUGAGUACUCCCAUGAGGAGGCAAACUACGGUCUAGUAGAAAUUGACCAAGACGGCUCCGUUGCACUGAUGAAGGACUACGACAACCUCCAGAGCCAAUUCAACAAGCUAGAUCUUAGCGCUCUCGAGGCAACCAAUCCUCAGUCUACCGAGCUCGAAGCCCCCGAAUGCGACGGCAGCCUCAUAACCGCGGAAGCAUUUAGCAAGAACUUCACGAUUCCGGCUGUCUGCCCUGGAUGCCAGGAUCUCAUCGACAACGGUAUCGAGAACCCAACAAAUGGCGCGCUGGUCGAUAUCGGUGAUACCAACGUCAAACAGAAGGUCACUGGUAGCAACGGCCAGCAAAUCAACGACUUGUCGCUCAAUGUUGUGUCCAACGAUGGGUCUAACACUCCUGGCGGCGAGAACACUAGUCCCAGCGGCACCGACUCGAGCAACGAUGACAACCCCAGUCAGACGGGCGACGCGGCGCAGCCUUCGGAGACCGAAGGGGCAGCUUCGCACAUCUCUUUCAACUUCGGACUAGCUAUGAUGGGCGUGUUCGUGUAUAUGCUCACUUUGUAG